AAAUGACUUGUUGUUAAAAAAGUGCAUCCUUAAUUUUGAUCAGGGAUGAUUUUAAAGUCUUGAUGUUAAAAAGAAGCCAUGAAAUUUCAUUUGGAGGAUCAUUUGUUUUUCCAGGAGGAAUUCUAGAAGAAACUGAUUAUAAGAUAGCUUUUGCAGAUUCAUAAUUAAUUUAGCAAAAUCAAUAAAGAUAUUUUUGCCCUCUCAAUCAACCAUGGUAUGAUGCAUCAUUGAUUGCUGCUAUAAGAGAAACUACUGAAGAAACUAAUAUAUAGUUAGAAUAUAAAUAAUUAUAUUCCAAGAUCAAACCAUUCAUGAGGAUAGUCACACCUCAGAUGAUGGAAAAAAGAUAUGACACUUAGUUUUUUGUUUUUAAUUUAAACAAUUACGAUCAAUUAGAAAUCAAUAAGGCUGAGAGCUCAAGUUAUGAGUGGGAUACUCCUGUUGGAUUUUUAUAAAAAUUUAUUAAUCGCUAGAUAUACUUAUAACCGCCGAUAUUCUUGUAGUUGCUAAUACUAAAAUAAUUAAGAAGUUAUUAAAACAUCAUUACUUACAUUGAUUCUGGAGAUUAAUUUAAGCACACCUAUCCUCACAUUUUCUAAUUUAGUAAAUAUUAUUACUAGUUUUUAAUAGGCUAUAAAGGAGCUUUUAAUUAUCCUGAUCCAAAUUACAAUUUAUAAAAGUUGCUGGAUGCUGAGUAAACAGACUAUUUAAAAAGAGAAUUCAAAAUUAGAUAUAAUAAAAUGGAGAGAUCAGAUUUUAGAUUUGAAUUUGAGGCAAACUUAAAGAGUUUGACUGGGUUUAUAGGAAAGUUUAAAAAUUCACCUUUAGCAUUGUUGGAUGGUCAAAUUAUAAAUAAUGGCCAAUUCAUACAAAAUAAGGCAAGGUUAUGA